CACACGCGCAUUACGCUCGUCAAGUUCGAAAAGAGAGAGAUGGACAUGAAGGAGGGAAAAGCAUAGCGACGAAGAAGAGCUUUGGCUUGAACCCUAGCGAGAGCGAGAGGAGAGAGAAAGGGUUGGGGUGUAUUGAAUGUACAGCCACAACGAUGGCUUCGCUGGUUCUGUUUGCAAUUGAGUGUGAAUGGGGUUGCCUGUUUUGGAAUGCAAUUAUGGUUUCGAUUCCUCUUUGGCAGUUCCAAACCAUCGAGAUUAUAAGAAUCCCUACCCACCCAAGACAAUAUCUUCGCUGCGUUAGAGAGAGAGAGAAGCACACAAACACAGAGAGAGAGAGAGAGAGAGAGAGUGAGGCAGAGAGAACUCCAACUCCAGGACCAGAGCUCUUUGUGAAUUCUUCUUGCUUCCAUUAUAUUCUUUCUGGGCUGCAGUUUUUGAACUCCUAAGGGGUUUGAGGUGAUCUUGUGAUCUAAAAAUUCCGAAGGCACCCCAAUACCUUUCCGUUUCAAAGAUAUUAAUGUUUGGCAGGAACAUUAAUUAGCCUUUAUGGAACACAGAAGCCACUCCUCUAAUUCCCUGAACCUGGAAGAAAAUAUGGGAACCUUUCAGAGAAACACUUGUCAGAGAACUGAUCCAGGAGCUGAGCAAAGCAUUCUGUUCUCAAGUGUCUCGUCCUCUUCAAAUGUUGGUGCUAGCACUUCCGAGUUGGGGAUUACAAGCCAAAAUGUAAUGGCUUCAAGCGCCUUCCCCAUAAACUACCAUUCUUGGAAUGGCUUUUCUGGUGGCGUUCAUCUAUCUUCUACUCCUGGGUUUCCCCUGAGGAAUCUAGUUGAAGAAUAUGAAGAGAGGCUGUCAAAUUUUCUUGAGCCGAUCAUUCUAAGGCCUGUAGAUUCGAUGAUGAGAGAAGAACAUAAUGCUGCCGUCCCUUCAAUUGUGGCUGCAUUGGAGCAAUUCAGUGCUGAUCGGCGGAGCGCUCUACAGGUUGCCUUUGAACUCCUACAAGUGGCUAAUGGAGCCACCUGGCAGUACGAGGAUGGUAUGAUUGUUGGCCCAUUUUUUGAUGAGCCUGAUAUGCAUGAAGAUAUGCGUCUCGAGCUGGACAACAUGUCUUAUGAGGAAUUGUUGGCCUUGGAAGAACGUAUGGGAAAUGUGAAAUCUGGACUGAGCGUGGACUCUAUUUUGGGGGGUGUGAAGCAGCAUAGGUAUCAGUCAAUGAAAUUAGGAGUUCCAGUGGAGGAGGAACCGUGCUGUAUUUGUCAGGAAGAAUAUGACGACGGAGAAAAGCUCGGAAAGCUGGAUUGUGGCCAUGAGUUUCACUUUGAUUGCAUCAAACAGUGGCUCAUGCAGAAGAACUCAUGUCCCAUCUGCAAAAGGACUGCACUAGCUAUUUGAGAGAGAUCGUUGGUUUUAGGAUACUCAAAGCAUAUGUCAUUUGCUAAUUUGUUGGAAUUUUUAUUUUUUUUUUAAUUUUUAAUUUUUAUUUCCUUCUGUGCUGGCGGGUUGAGCCAACACCUUCAGCUAUACCACAACACCUUUAGCUAUACCAGUCCAAGCCUAUUCGGCUUAGCCUAGCUCACCUGGGUUACUAGAUUGGGUUGGGUAAAUGGCAAGUGAGCUUAGGCUAACCCGCAGGCAUUCGGGCCAAAAUGACGAGAAUAGGAUAAGUUUAAUCAUAAUAAAAUUUCCAGUUUUUGUUUGUUUGUUUAUUUGUUUGUUUCAGUCAAAGAUUACCAUGAUAUUAAUGAGU